CUGGAUAUGAUAUUCCCCAACUGAGUGUAUUGCACAAAGGUCGACUCAGCUUUCAUUUGGCACGAUAUUCGAAAUAUCACAGUAUACUUUCAUACCGAAAAUUACUCACAAGAUUAAGCGGAGCGGCUUACAGAUUAAUCUCAGCAAUAUUGUUGCUCGGAGGUGGAAAGCACCUCUAUCGAAUGUUUUGCGUUAAUCGUGACCAAUAUUGGAACCUGU